AUGAGACCUCUUCAAAUAUUGCUGAUAUUUGCAUUUACAGUUAACAAUGCGAUAUCACACACGAUCAACAAGCGUCAGGCGCUGUCUGAAGAUCGUUGGUUCUGUGAUUUUGAGACAGAUAUUUGUGGGAUGAAACAUGAAUCUUCCUAUGUGAAGUGGACACGUCACGCUGGACGAACUACUUCAGCAGAUACUGGUCCGGAUAGUGACCACACCCAAGGGACAAAUGAAGGGCACUACAUCUACCUUGAAACCUCAGAUCCAGCUGUAGGCGGUGACAAGGCAAGAAUUACGCUUCAAAUCAACCAGACCGAACUUCAGCAUUGUCUAAGUUUCUACUACCACAUGCAUGGAGAAGGGAUUGGGGACUUCAAUGUUGAAACAGGCUUGGCCAAGGACGUUCAAACGGUCUUCUCAAAAACAGGAGAUCAAGGCAACGAGUGGCACCUUAAAAAGAUCAACAUGCCCAUCGGAUCUUACCUAACGUUUGAAGCCACAAAAGCGAGGGGAGGAAGGAACUACUUGGGUGACAUAGCAUUAGAUGACAUAUCACUAACAGUCGGGGAAUGUUCGAGUAAACUUAUGACAGUGGAUGUUUGGGGUUGUGAUUUCGAAAAGAUAACUUGGGACGAUCCCUCUGAUGAAACCGGCUGUGGCGAAUCAUAUCGAGGAAUGACACAGUUGAGGGAUGACAAUUUUGAUUUCACACGUCUAAACAAACAAACACAAUCAAAGCACACAGGGCCAUUUACGGGCAUUAAAGGAGGGCAUUUUGCAUACACCGAAUCUUCUCCUGUGGAUAACAACGAUAGAAGAUUGGAAGAUGCAGUAAUCCGAUCUCCAAGAUUUGGGAAUGAUGGAGUUCAAAAACUCUCUUUCUUCUAUCACACUAGGGGGCUUCUCGUUGGAGGUCUUAGAGUUGUAGCUCUUGACUACAAUCUCAAAAUUAUUCCAUUCACUUAUCCGAAAUUGGAUAUGAAAUCGUCAGUGAAAUGGAAAUCAGCUACCUUUGCUCUGCCGAAAGGAACGUCUGUUAUUGAGUUCCACGUCACGCUACCAGAUAAUGAGAAAUUUUGGUCUUCCGAUAUUGCUAUUGACGAGGUUCUUGUUACUACAGAUAUUGAUAUAACAACUACUGGGAUUAGGGCUAGGCCUACAACGACAGAAGAACCUGUAACCGAAAUCGUCAUGCAGACCAAGGACUAUAUCGUUGAGGGUGAUUCACUUCCUGUCCUCUGGUAUUGUACCUUUGAGAGACUCGGAUGGGAGGAUCCAUCAGACAGUAAUGGUUGCGGUGAUGGGCAGAGCGGCAUGGAACAGCUUUUGGAAGAUGAUUUUAACUUCACCAGAACGAAUAAGGACACUCCUUCAAGAAAUACUGGACCUUCUAGUGGAAGCGAUGGAGGUUACUUUGUGUACAGUGAAUCUUCGGUAUCCUACGGAAUCUAUGACAGAACCAACAAGGUGGCCAUAAUAAGGACCCCACAAAUGGCUAGUGGCCUGCCUAAGUACUUAUCAUUUAAAUAUCACACAUUUGGCGAUACGAUAGGAACGCUCACAAUACGCGCGUUAUCAGCAGACGGCUCAAUCCUUCAAAUAGAUAUGGAUCCAUUAUCGAUGAGAUCUUCCCAAAUAUGGAAGAUGGUGGAGGAUAUAGAGUUACCAGUUGGAACAGCGACUGUUGAAUUUGUUGUUGUUCUCCGCAAUGACGAAACAUUCUGGACUUCAGAUAUAGCCUUGGAUGAAAUAUACAUCAAAUACGACCCAGGGACUGUGACAGAGGCAUCACGUGGGCAACCAUCAUUCUCGUGUGAUUUUGACAGUGGAAUCUGUGAUUUCCUGAACGACGAGUCCGGGGACCUCAACUGGACGAGGAACUCAGGCAGUACUGCGAGUUUUUCAACGGGGCCAUCAAGGGACCAUACAUCUAGAUCUGGAUCUUAUGUGUAUUUAGAGUCAUCUACGCCAGCUAAAAAAGGAGAUAAAGCCCGAUUCAGGACGCCACUAAUGGACAUAACAGUACCCACAUGUUUUACUAUGUUCUACCACAUGUAUGGUCUCCAAAUUGGUACCCUCAGUGUUAGAAUACCAGAAGAACAACAGAUACUAUGGGACGAUUCUGGUAAUAAGGGAAACGAAUGGUUAAGAGUCCAGAUUCCACUGCCACGUGGAUCAUACGUCAUCGAUAUAGAGGGUGAAGUUGGAGAUGGUUACCUUGGUGAUAUAGCAUUUGAUGAUGUUGAUAUCCAACCUGGAAAAUGUAAUGAAAUUGAAAUGGCGCGCAAUUUGGUACAGUUUGAUUCCAAAUCCUUUGCAGCUAAAAGAAAGGCCUCUUUCCCCAUGCCUAUAACACCAUAUCCGCCAACUAGAAUGCCUACAACAGCACGCCCAACCACUGUGAUUGAAGAUGACAAGGAACUCUCGAGGCCCGUUUUAUGGUAUUGCACAUUUGAGAAGGCAGGAUGGGACAAACCUUUGGACAGAAAUGGAUGUGGUGAAGGCCAAGAUGGGAUGUUUCAACUUGAUGGGGAUGACUUUGAUUUUUCCAGAACCAAAAAGGGAACUCCUAGCGUAAACACUGGACCUUUCCGUGGCAGCGAUGGAGGAUAUUACAUAUAUGCCGAAUCGUCAGCAGACGAUAAUUUAGAUAGAAGCGGUGAAAGGGCAACUAUUCGAACACCAACUCUUUAUGGAGAUAUGAACAAAUAUCUAUCAUUCAAAUACCAUACACGAGGACAAACGAUCGGAAGCUUAACCUUAGCAACAAUAUCUCAAGAUCUGAAAAUCAGAUCAUUCUCAAUCCCGAGCUUAUCCAUGACGUCAUAUGAUGGAUAUCAUACGACCUUUAGGCUGACAGAACGAGCUUUUCGAAUUAAGGUGACGUCGAAAUCCUAG